UAAAAAGUUUAAUUCAAAAGCUGCAUUUGUGAUCAGUUAUGUUGUACGUUUGUUUAAUGAUCUCAAACAAGAGUGACAAACACUUUUUCACACCACUUUAUACAGUAGUGAUAAAUGCCCCUGUUGUGAUGCUCGGUGCAAUGAACCUAUGUCUAUGUUGCUAUGUUUGCCUGCUAACUCUUCAUGCUUGCUUUGCACAGAAGAGGAUGAAGAAGCAGAGGAGGAGGAGAUAGAUGAGGAGGAGGUAGAAGAUGCUGGGGAAGAUCAUGAUGGAGAAGAUGCCAAGAGGAAGUCAAAGCAUGCUUUUGUUCCCAACUUGGCUGCUCCCAAAAUUCCAGAUGGAGAAAAAGUGGACUUUGAUGACAUCCACCGAAAACGCAUGGAGAAGGACCUGACGGAACUCCAAACGCUAAUCGAGGAUCACUUUGAGAAGCGCAAAAAGGAGGAAGAGGAACUCCUCAGCCUCACCGACCGCAUUGAGAAGCGCAGGUCCGAGAGAGCAGAGCAGAUGAAGAUCAGAGCCGAGAGGGAAAAAGAAAGACAGAACAAACUGGCGGAGGAGAAAGCCAGGAAAGAGGAGGAAGAGGCUAAGAAGAAAGCAGACGACGACGCCAGGAAGAAGCUGAUCCUGAGCAACUUGAGCUUCACUGGUUAUAAGACACAGACCGGGCCGAAAAGACAAACUGAGCGGGAGAAGAAGAGGAAGAUCCUGAAUGAGCGGCGCAAGGAGCUGAACAUCGAUCACCUGAGGGAGGACCAACUCAGGCAAAAAGUCAAGGAGCUGUCAGACUGGAUGCGCCAACUGGAGGCAGAGAAGUUUGAACUUCAGUACAAGUACAUGAAGCAGAAGUAUGAGGUGACGGUGCUGAGGAACCGUGUCAGCGAUCAUCAGAAAAUCUCAAAGGGCAGCAGGACCAAGCGUGGCCUGAGGAAGUAACUACAGCCGCCCCGGAAUCCUGAGACUGGAGCUGAGAGUCACCACCUAACGUGUCAUUCAUGCACCAGUGAAAGUGUCCAAUACAAGAAAGUGAAGUGAUGAUUGUUAUUUCGCACCUGAACACAACACCUAAAUUGCUUUAUCUCUAUUUGUCUUUGUGUUUUUUUUGGACAUGGGAAUUGUUGACACUCCCUAAUGACGUCAUUACAUUACAGUUACAUUCAAUGAGCGCUAAUCUGAUGUUAUUGUCUGCUCUAUUUUACCGUCACGAACGUUCACAAUGAUUGCAUUUUUAUAGAAAUACAUCCUGGUAAAAUUGUAACAUCCUCCAUGAGCCUCUGGAGUUGCCUCAAAACCAAGCAAAGGUCAAGGAGGUUAAAAUCCCAGCGAAGGGCGGAGUGGAAAGACAUGUUUGUAUCUGCAAGUAUAGCCUGCAGCCAUCAGACUGUAAAUUGAGCUGUGACUGACACAGUAUGUUUCCCCGUAAUAAAACUUUAUUGACACUUUCUUUUCAAAACAACCGUGGGAAAUAAAAAUAUUUUCCAAGAAUUUGGACAAGGGACACGCUGUCAAGUUGUAGCUGAAAUGAGACAGGAUGCCCGGGAUGUGCCCUAGUUGACGAC